GCGGCUGCGAGCACGCUUAACCUCCGUUAAUUGAUUGAUUAAACACGUCCGAUUCUGAGCCAUAAAAGGACAUUCGGUCGAUUGUACGCCGACAAAAAAGCUGGCACAGAAGCAGAAAACAGCUGUGCUGCGGAAAGUUUGGCCAACUCAGAGCGAUAGAAAUAGAAGUUCGGCAGAAGCAGCGCCGGAAUAAAACAAGAAUCAGCCCAAAAAGGGCGCAACAACUUGAGCAGAGAAAGAGGAAGACAAGCGCAGCGGGAGUGAAGGCGAGGGAUAAGCAGGAGGGAGCGAACAAAAGGCAAGAGGAAACACAAGGAGAAACGCAAACAAUCAAAACAAGAAGAGGGGACAGAAAAUGACCGACGAGUGCGUAACCAGAAACUACGGAGUUGGAAUUCUCAGCUCGAACGGAGCAGCAAAUCGGGGCAGCAUUAUAAUGGCUGAUAAUACCGAUGCCAAGGGCUGUACGCCGGAGGCGGUUGUUGUUGGUGGUGCAACUGCAGCGAGCAGCGCCUCCCCUCUGCCGGCCAACAAGUUUGUGGCCCGAAUGCCCGUAGAUCGGUAUGCCAGCGAAUACAACAUGAAUCACAAGCAUCGCGGACUGGCACUAAUCUUCAACCACGAAUACUUCGACAUACCCUCGCUGAAGAGUCGCACCGGAACGAAUGUAGAUGCCCAGGAAUUGAAGAAGGCCUUUGAAAACCUGGGAUUUGCGGUGACCGUGCACAAGGACUGCAAGUUGAGGGACAUCCUGAAGCACGUGGAGAAGGCCGCCGAGCAGGAUCACACGGACAACGACUGCCUUGCGGUGGCCAUCCUCUCGCACGGGGAGCACGGCUACCUCUACGCCAAGGAUACACAGUACAAGCUGGACAACAUCUGGCACUACUUCACUGCCACCUUCUGCCCCUCGUUGGCGGGCAAGCCGAAGCUGUUCUUCAUCCAAGCCUGCCAGGGCGAUCGUUUGGACGGAGGGAUUACCCUGGAGAAGGGCGUUACCGAGACGGAUGGGGAGUCCUCGACGAGCUACAAGAUACCCAUACACGCUGACUUCCUAUUCUCCUACUCAACCAUCCCGGGCUACUUCUCCUGGCGCAACAUCAACAACGGCUCCUGGUACAUGCAGUCACUGAUCCGCGAGCUAAAUGCCAAUGGCAAGAAGUACGACAUGCUCACCCUGCUCACAUUCGUAAACCAGCGCGUAGCCCUAGACUUUGAGUCGAACGUGCCCGCCACUCCGAUGAUGGAUCGCCAGAAGCAGAUACCGUGCCUCACCUCCAUGCUGACGCGCAUACUGCGCUUCGGCGAGAAACCGAACGGCAAUAAGGCUGGCUAAAAAGCGAUCUCCUUUCGAAGUUUUAACACAGGUUGUACAACCAUCUCCCGCAAUUAUUCACGUUGGAUUCCAAUUCACUUCAAGUCUAGUUUUAGCUGACGCGUGCGAUUAUCCCGAAGGAUAUAAAGCAGCCGACAACCUUUCAUCCAUUCCCCUUUCCCAAGCCCAAUUCAGGCCUUAUCAUUGACGAAAUUCGUUACCCACUUAAGUAGAUGACUUCCCUAAGCAUAAGCUACACUUGCCAAUAGCAAACCCA